UGAAGAAAAAUAAUCAAGAUUAAUUCUUAAUAUUAAUCUACUUUAUUAUGGCUCAGUGACAUGUCCAUAACCUAUAAAGCAUUUUAGUCUGGCCUUAAGUACACGCCCAAAAUCUCGCGCCGGGAGAAGUAAGUCAUUAUGACGUAUCAAGUCAUAUAUAAAGGCGAUCAUUUCGGUAUUCGCCCUCUUUUUCUCGACAAAGCAGUAAGCAAAAAACGUUAAAAAAUAAAAUCGACAUGCCAGGGCGUGGUAGAGGUGCACGAGGCAGAAGGCGAACAAGGAAUGCUAGCCAUGGAGCAGAAGACAGCCAGCAGCAACAGCCUAAAAGACAAAGGGUCUCUUUUGAUAACAACGAGGACAACGUGGAUAGAGAUAUUUGGUUUCUUGGGGAUUCAUUACCAUAUUGGGCCGGCGUCAGAGCGCAGUUUAGAAAUACACCCAAUCUAAGUCUUCCCGACGGACAUAGCAUUGCUUGGUGGGGCAUUCGAGGAUUGGGAUGGGAAGAUUUCAUUCAUUGUGUCCAACUACCUGUGGUUUUUCGAACACCGCCAAAGGUUGUAUUUUUUCAUUUAGGCGGCAAUGACCUUACUAAGCAUUCAUUACGCUUCAUAUUUAAAAUGGUGCAGGAAAGCAUCCAAUAUAUUACAUCCGCUUUUCCCGACUCUGAAUUCGUCUGGGUCGAUAUUUUGCAGCGUAUUGAUUGGGGUGUUGGAAAUGACGAAAAACGUCUUAUAGAAAAGAAAAGAAAACGCGUAAACCAAUUUGGGCGCAAAAUAAUUAGGCUAACAAAAAACCAUCAUUGUAUACGUUUCGAUAUCGACGAAAGUACACCGGGAUUUUUUAGGAGCGAUGGCGUUCAUCUAUCCGACGUCGGCCUUGAUAUGUACAUUGACACAAUCCGGGAAACUUUAUUGAAAAUAUUGUAAUAAGAAUUUUGGGGAAAUAAAUAAUAAUUUAUUCUGUGGCGGAAAAUUCUUUUCUUAGGUGCGACCAGGAGUCACUUGCUACAAUUUGCUAGUGUCUUUCAUACAGGGAGAUAAAAAAUUCACAUUGCAUACCUAUGGUCGUGGAAUAUUCCAUAGUGGUUGUCUGUGGGUAGACUGCGAUCUGUAGGAUUCAAAAUUACUUAUUUGGUUUAAAUGGGCCUUCAAGAACUGGCCAGAUAGCUAUGACUAGGCGUUCUUUGAUGAGCUCUAAUUUUGUUAGGCCUAUCUUAUGUUAAGCACUGUAUAACUAUGUUGCACUGGUGGUUAUAUCAGGUACUGCGGAGUACCUUGCUUGCUGGUUAUAUUAGGUACGGCGGAGUACCUUGCUUGCUGGUUAUAUUGGGUACGGCGGAGUACCUUGGCUACUGGUUAUAUUAGGUACAGCGGAGUACCUUGGCUGCCGGUUAUAUUAGGUACGGCGGAGUACCAUGUUUGCUGGUUAUAUUGGGUACGGCGGUGUACCUUCUUAGCAUACUAUAUAUAUCGCCAGGCGGCGGCUAUCAUUACAAAAUAAUAGUGCAAUAGGGGUAGGGAUCUAUUUGGGCGUACGGCAUAUCGCUCCUGGUCGCACCUUUUAUCUCCUAUAGUGGUAGUCUGUAGGUAGAUCAAUUUAAUCUUCAUUAGUGGUUGUCUGAUGAAGAUUCAUCGCGCUGUCAUGACCGAUUCCGCCAUUUUUCACAAACCAACUGAAAAUACUUAAUAAUAUGUUUUUAUUGAUGAAAUGUCUGAUGACGUGCCUCGUUACAUAAAUAGAAUAUAAACAGUUUGUUGUUGUUUGUUUGUUAACUAUAAACUACUGAGUCCUAGAAUAAUCAAGAUUAAUUCUUAAUAUUAAUCUACUUUAUUAUGGCUCAGUGACAUGUCCAUAACCUAUAAAGCAUUUUAGUCUGGCCUUAAGUACACGCCCAAAAUCUCGCGCCGGGAGAAGUAAGUCAUUAUGACGUAUCAAGUCAUAUAUAAAGGCGAUCAUUUCGGUAUUCGCCCUCUUUUUCUCGACAAAGCAGUAAGCAAAAAACCCACCCACCGCACCCAGAAGUAUCAUGUUAUCUGUUUUCAUAUCUUAGUAUUUGAUGUUUUAUGAAAUUGUUGAAGUCCAAAUGGUGCUGCUUAGCUUUUAUAUUUCAGUAUGUUUCUGGCUGUAACUGCGCCCGUACUGCUGACUUUAGGGAGGCACGCUAAACGUUAAAUGGACGAAUAUACACAAUGAACAGCCAUGCCGGAGUUCCAUAGCAGCAUUCACCGGACUGAUUGUACUAACGACUUGUGUAAAACUAUCCUAGACAAGGAUCAACAAUGUUUACUAUUUGUACAUAUGUGUUUAUUAACAAUAUACGCCGGGAUUCAAGAAUGAACAAACAAUUUGAACAAAGUGCAGCACCCUUUGGUCGGAGAGUACUAACGACUUUGUUAAUUAUAAUUGUGUAAAAUCGAGCGUGUUAAACCAUCCUAGACAAGGAUAAACAGUUUAUUUCAAUACAUAUGUGUUUAAUUACAAACUUAAGUUGGAGACAGGCAUAUAUAUUAACAGCGUUUACAAAACAAUAGUUUUCAUACUUUAUUUAUUGUUAUGACAGCGGAAAAUUCUUUUCUUAGGUGCGACCAGGAGUCACUUGCUACAAUUUGCUAGUGUCUUUCAUACAGGGAGAUAAAAAAUUCACAUUGCAUACCUAUGGUCGUGGAAUAUUCCAUAGUGGUUGUCUGUGGGUAGACUGCGAUCUGUAGGAUUCAAAAUUACUUAUUUGGUUUAAAUGGGCCUUCAAGAACUGGCCAGAUAGCUAUGACUAGGCGUUCUUUGAUGAGCUCUAAUUUUGUUAGGCCUAUCUUAUGUUAAGCACUGUAUAACUAUGUUGCACUGGUGGUUAUAUCAGGUACUGCGGAGUACCUUGCUUGCUGGUUAUAUUAGGUACGGCGGAGUACCUUGCUUGCUGGUUAUAUUGGGUACGGCGGAGUACCUUGGCUACUGGUUAUAUUAGGUACAGCGGAGUACCUUGGCUGCUGGUUAUAUUAGGUACG